AUGUCAGGUACAAAUCAUACUGUUAGUGAGGUAAAUCCAGGUUCCAACGAUAUUGAGCUUUAUUUGCAGCGUAUUAUUACAGAGAGAGCAAAUACCACUACAAUCCAACCGAUUGACAUUAUACUUCCAAUCAAUUUAGAUCGUAAUCAUUGGACACUACUAAUCAUCUGUUAUUCAGAUGACAUUUCUAUAGUAAUGUACCCGGAUAUCUACUACAUAGAUCCGUUAAGUCAUUCGAUUCACAACGAUGUCUUGGAAGGCGUAAGAAAGAGUGGUAUAGUGGACAGAGGUUAUACUGUAAUUGAAACUCCAAAAAUUAUUUUACAACGAGACGGUCGAAAUUGCGGUCCUUGGAUUUGUUGUUGUGCACAACAAUGGAUAGCUACUGGUCAGUUUAAUUUUUUGGAUUUGCAAAAACUUAAUAUGCUAGAAGUUCGUGGACAACAUGUCCGAAUUUUCCCGAUUGACUCCGACGAUUAG